UCGAAUGUUAGCGACGCCGCUAACUUCACAGAUAUUUUUUAAGAUUUUUUUAAAGGAAGUUUAAGUGAAAUUUAGAAGGAAUAUCGGAGACAAUGGAACAUUUGGAUUUGUAUGAAAUCAUUGGCGUUUCCAAAGAUGCAACAGAUGCUGAAAUAAAAAAGAAUUAUCGAAAAUUGGCCAAAGAAUUUCAUCCUGACAAAAAUCCAGAUGCUGGUGAUAAGUUUAAGGAAAUCUCAUUUGCCUACGAAGUACUGUCUGAUCCGGAAAAACGCAAAAUAUAUGAUCGUUAUGGCAUAAAAGGUCUGCAGGAGGGUGCCGAUGGUUUUAGCGAAGGCAAUGAAUUCUUUUCACAAUGGUUUCCGUUUACCUCUAUGGGCGGCGGCCAUGGUCGUGAUGCAAGAGGGAAAGGCGCCCAGAUAGUUAUAAAGCUUGAAGUGACCCUAGAAGAGAUAUAUAAUGGAAAUGUUUCAAAAACUGUCGAAUAUAAACGUACAUCAUUCUGUUCUCAGUGUGGUGGUGAUGGCGGCCCAAAAGAAGCCCAAGAAAAGUGUAGCCACUGCAAUGGCAUGGGCAGAAAAGCAAGUUAUGCGUUUAUGGGACUAACGGCUGUUGAAACGAUCUGUUCGGCUUGUCAUGGACACGGUAAUAUAAUACCAGAGGAUCUGCGUUGUACUUCGUGUCAAGGCAAAGGUUUGGUAGAGGAAAAUGUCAAACGUGAAAUUGUCAUUGAAAGAGGUGCACCUAACAUGUUGAAGAUACCAUUCUUCUCUGAGGGCAAUCAAGGGCUACAAGGUUUCCGCGGAGACAUGGUAGUAGUGUUGAUCCAGGCCGAACAUCCCACAUUCGAACGUCGCAACAAUGACCUAUUAAUGCGUAAUAUUAACAUUAACAUAACCCAAGCGCUGUGUGGCUUCGUACAUUGUUUCAAACAUUUGGAUGGACGCAACAUUUGCAUUUCCACAAAUCCCGGUGAGGUGAUACGUCACGGUGAAUUUAAAGUGGUGCCCGUUGAAGGCAUGCCCUUGCGUAAUAAUCCUUUCGAUCGUGGCGAUCUGAUUGUGCAAUUUUCCAUACAAUUUCCCGAAAAUCAUUUUGCCACACCCGAACAGUUGGCCCAACUGGAAACACUGUUGCCACCACGAGAACCAUUCGUAAUGCCACCAGAAGCCGAAGAAGUGCAAUUAGUGGAAUUUCAGCCCAGAGAUGAGCACGAUACGCGUGGCGCUCAUGGUGGUAUGGAUGAUGAUGAGGAAUACGAGGGCGGUCCACAUUUCGAAAGGGUGCAAUGCCAAACCGCCUAAGCCCUUGUAUAUGUACAGAGAGGAAAAUGGAGAGAGAGAGAGAGCGGAGGCAGACGGAUUAUGUAUUUCUAUAUACAUACAUUUACCUAUAUAUGUAUAUUUCAUCAAUAUUUAUUUACAUAUACGUAUUGUUAAUUUGAUUCACGUCACCACACACACACACACCCACAAACACUUACUACAAGGAAGGCCACAAGAGGGGCAAAACCACCCAAUCACUCAAAAUGGACUAAAAACCCUAAAACUUAACCCGUAUUUAUAGAACGCUUCAAAAGCUUAAAGCAUAGUUAUAUCCUCAGAGAUCUGGUCUCAUUUACUUUCGUUAUAUUUUUGUGUUAUUUUUAUUUUUCUAAUCACUGAAAAUUUAAAAACCAUGCUACUA